CCCCCCCCAAUGCUGUGUGUUGCAGGGAGCCAGCGCCAUGGCCGAGAAGACGUCGCCGAGCCCCAGCAGGGACAUCACACCGCUGCAGCAGAUGCUGGCCUCGGGGACAGGGGCCAUCCUCACCUCCCUCUUCGUGACACCGCUGGACGUGGUGAAGAUCCGUCUGCAGGCCCAGAGGACCCCCUUCUCCAAAGUGUUGCCAGCACGGUCUGUGCCCUGGGGCGCUCAGCCAGCCACAUGGAAGUGUUUCCUCUACUGCAACGGGCUCAUGGACCACCUGUACGUCUGCCAGAAUGGCAACGGCUGCACUGCCUGGUACAAGUCCCCCACCCACUUCACCGGCACACUGGAUGCCUUCGUGAAGAUCACACGCUAUGAGGGCAUCAGGUCUUUGUGGAGCGGCUUGCCCCCCACCCUGGUCAUGGCUGUGCCAGCCACUGUCAUUUAUUUCACCACCUACGACCAGCUCCGGGACUGCUUGCACGCUCGGACGGGGAGCCGGGGACACCACAUCCCCUUGCUGGCUGGGGCCCUCGCCAGGCUGGGCGCCGUAACGGUCAUCAGCCCCUUGGAGCUCAUCCGCACCAAGAUGCAGUCACGGCAGCUCAGCUACAGGGAACUGGGCGUCUGCAUCCAGUCGGCGGUGGCUCAGGACGGCUGGCUGUCCCUCUGGAGGGGCUGGGGACCCACCGUGCUGCGGGACGUCCCCUUCUCAGCUCUCUACUGGUUUAACUACGAGCUGGUGAAGGAGUGGCUCUGUGGGCAGGCCCGGCUGGACGAGGCCACCUUCAUGAUCAGUUUUGCAUCCGGGGCCAUCUCUGGGACGGUGGCUGCGGUGCUGACGCUGCCUUUCGACGUGGUGAAGACCCAGCGGCAGAUCGAGCUGGGAGACAGCGAGGUGCACCCAGUCACAGCCUCCAAGCCUUCCUCCACCUGGCUGCUCAUGCAGCGCAUCCAUGCCGAGUCUGGCACCCGGGGGCUCUUUGCAGGCUUCCUGCCCCGCGUCAUCAAGGUGGCACCCGCCUGCGCCAUCAUGAUCAGCACCUAUGAAUUUGGCAAAACCUUUUUCCAGAAGCUGAACCAGGAGCAGCGGCUACGUGGGUUGUGAGCCAGGGCUGGGGCAGGGCUGGAUGGGGACAGUGACACCCCAGCUCCUGACAAGGGACCCCGGGAGCAGCGAACUGCACUCGGCCAUGCAAAGCCCAAGUGCCUUGGUGCUGCGCUCUGCAUCCCCACUGCCUGUGCGCGGAGGCAUGGCCGGCCCGGCCCCCGUCUCCAGCCCCAGCCACGCUGGGGGACAUCUGUGCCUGCUGCUGUGACACGGGGGGGGAGGAUGAGGAGUCCCCCGUGCUCAUCCCUUGAGGCUGGAGAGAUGCUGCUGCUGGAUUCACGGAUGCUUUGGCAAGGACGGGGUGUCCCAGGAGCCUCGGCAGGGUGGGAGAUGGGAGAUGGGGCUCUGGCAAGGACCAAACCCCCAGGGGCAUCUCUGGGUGCCAGCCUGGGCCCCCCCCAGCCCUGCUCCACCCAGGGAUCUGCCCCUCUUCACCAUCAGUCACGCACAGUGUCCCCUUGCCGGCUCUGUGUGGCAUUGGGGACACAUCAGACCCUCUCCCUGCCUCUGGAUCUCUCCUCCCCCUCGGGGUGUCCCUGUCCCCUGCCAGACCCCGGGCCCGGACCAUGUGUGGGGACAGACCUCGCUGCUGCUCGGGGGUGGGGGGCAACGUUUUGGCACCCUCUGCCUGUGCCGUGUCCCUUCACUGUGAGGGCCUGUCCCAGCACUGUGCCCGGGGUGGGCGCUGCCCCACCUUACCCUGGGGCUCCAGGGGGGAAUUUCUCUUAUUUUCUUAAAUAAAAUAUUAUCUCUUA